GGAUAUUACACGAUCGCAGAGGGUUGAUACGCCGUUCAGUUCCACACCCUUAGAUCCCAAAAUGUGGUCUGGAAAAUCUACAUCUUCUGUGUAUACUGACGCUAGCAAACAAUUCCGGAAAGAUCCUAUACAUACAUUGAAGGAGAUGGUUUCCCUACUAGUGCUUGUUAUUCUAUACAAUGCUGUACUAAUCGUCAGUGCAGGGCCUAUCGAAAACACUUCCAAUUCGGAUGAGUUAGUCCUACUGCACGUGCUCUUCAGACAUGGGGACCGCACUCCCGAUUUGAUAGAGAUGUAUCCAAAGGAUCCUUACAACAAUAUCUCAUACUUUCCAGAAGGAUUAGGACAACUUACUAGGAAGGGAAAAAAUAGGGAAUACGAUAUUGGUGUCAGUAUGCGGCAAAAGUACAAUAGUUUUCUGGGAUCAUACAAAUCGGAUGAGGUAUCGGCUAUAUCGACGGAUUAUGUAAGGACUAAAAUGUCAUGCUUGUUGGUGCUAGCAGGCCUAUAUCCCCCAAAAGGAAAGGAAAUAUGGAAUGAACAUCUAAAUUGGCAACCUGUGUUCUAUAAUUAUAAUCCAGCAGGCAAAGAUUAUCUUUUGGGAGAUCCUUUGUACGAUUGCCCUAAGUAUAGAAAACUUUAUCAUGAUUACUUGUCUUCAAAUCAAGCUUUACAGUUAAUGCAAGGAAAAACAGAACUGUAUAAUUAUCUAUCACUACACACUGGACUGAAUGUAACCAUUCCUAGAGAUCCCUAUAAUUUACAAUUUGUACUGCAAUCAGAGCAAAACUUGGGUUUAAAACUACCUCAGUGGACAGAAAGUGUUUGGCCCGGUAAUAUAACGGAUGCAUCAGUUGACGAAUAUUAUGUAAACUUGGCAACCCCUAAGAUGCAACGUUUUGCCGGAGGUGUGUUGGUGAAGAAACUGCUAGACGACACCAUGAACAAAAUAAGUAACAACUCCGAUCCCAUGAAAAUCUAUUUAUAUUCCGCUCAUGAAAACAAUUUGGCUUACCAACUUAUUUUUCUAGAAGCUUUUAAUCCUCAUAUUCCCCCUUACGGUUCUUAUCUUGUGUACGAAAUACGGAAAGUAAAUGGAAUAUACGGUGUGAAGAUACUGUACGAGGACUACUCCAAGGAAAAACCUAGGUACCUCAGCUUACCGUCCUGUGGAACAUUCUGCCCUCUGGAUAAAUUCAACAAUAUUCUGCAGAAAUAUGUGCCACUAGCUGAAGAUAUAUGUGUUUAGUUAUAUGCUCAAUUUCUCAGUGUACCUAGCAUCAAUGUCAUUUAACUUACUGGAAAAAAAAAUUUGUACAACCUCGGUGAACAAAUGUACUUUGCCACGUCA